UGAUGGUUGGUGUUGUGCGCAUGCGCGCUGCUUCCUACAGGAGCCUGAGAGGACGGGACUCCUAAUGGCGGAGAGUGUGCGCUCGCCUUUUGACUACCGCGAGCCCCCGACCCUCGACAGUGACGGGGAUGGCAGCAAACCGCCGCCGCCUCCGGGCCGGGUGUGUGGCAGAAAGAGAAAGGGGACUCCUGUGAAGGUGUGUGACCGAGUGUAUGUAACAGAAGAUGAGGAGGAGGAGAGCAUGUCUGAACACAGCUACAGUCCUGGUGAGGGCCAGUACCCGGAGGGAGCAGAAGACCGCCUCGCUCCACCUGGAAGUCCAUACUACCUCCCUGAUCCAGCCCAGCUUUGUGUGCCAGAGCUCGGAGAGGACGGAGGCGCUGGUGUGGGGGGCCCAGUCCUGUUUCACCCUCCUCCAAACUGUCGUAUUCGGGAAGUUCACUGUGGCUCCCAAGUACGGCUGGUCGUCAUCGCGAUACGUGACAUCGCCAAAGGGGAGGAAAUCACUGUCGACUACAGCCUUGGUGACUGGGGCGACACUGCAAUGGAGGACGACGCCGGUCCACACCCGCUGUCCCUCUCCGUGUCGGAUUACCUCACUCCCUCCUGGUCCCUGUCCCCGUCCUCUUCCCCGCUGACCCACUCUGAGGCCAGCGACUCGGACCGCGAGGAGGACGAGGAGGAAGAAGACGACGACGACGAUGACGACGACGAAGAGGAAGAGAUCGAGGACAUUCGAGGCAGGAUGCUUCGGCGACGCAAAAAACGCAAGAUCCCCCUUUCCAUCAACUCCAAAAAGAAAAGCCCCCCGACUACAUCGCACAGAGGUCCGGGCCGCCCUUGCUCCUCUUUCUCUGCGGUUAGGUCCCAAGUUCAAGCGCCUCUGAGCGCCAUAGCUCCCCCUACGACUAACAUCAACAAUAACAUUAAUAUAAACAUCAGCAGUUCCAGUAGCACAGUAUUGAAUCAUCGGCAGCAUUGUCCUUACUGCGGGCGCCAUUUCCGCUCUCUGGCCCGUCACCUGGAGAAGUACCACAGCAACCAGCCUGAAGUAAGGACUGCAAUGGAAAUGGCUCACCUUCAUAAUCACUCAAAUGGGAACGCCUCGCACAAUCACUCCACGAUGUCCACCUCGGCAACCCAAAACCAUUCGUUCGCGGUCCCACAACACUCAAGCGCUCCCUCUCUUUUCUCCAUAGACAGAGACUCGCCAGCGGGACGCUCCAGCCAAGUCUCUUUCUCACUUUCACCGCAAUCUUCGACUCAGCACUCCAGCAAAAAGGGAUCUGGUUUAUCCUCAGGGAGCCCAAAACCUCACGCAGCGCCCCCUGUUGUUCAAAGGGUUAAAAGUCCAUCUCCUCCUGUAUCUUUGCAUAAGAAAGGACGGAGGAUGAAGAAGGAGAAUAACACGGUUCCCCAAAAGCCUGAAGUGGACAGUUUGGGAACCCAAGAUGAGCUGGUACCUCCCCCGACGCCAGAGCCCGAUGUGGAUCCAGAGGAAGAUUUAGACUUAUGUGCUGGAGAAGUAGAAUUACCUGCUCAAAAGAAUGGAGAGAUGGGGAGUUCGAGCAAACCGCACACGUCUUCGCUCCUGUCCUCGCUCUCCUGCCUGGUCCGGUACCUGUGUCAUCAGCAGCACUCGUCCUUCCAGUCCCUCACCCGCUCCCCUCACUCUGCCGAAGCUUGGCGCCUCCUCUGCCACUCCAGCUUGUCCCUCCUCAUCCUCUACAACCGACACCGUGAAUGUGAAGUCGCUAAGCUCACCAUCCAAGACUAUCGCAACCGCUCUUUGCCCCACGGAAACCCCCCCAGCAGCCCGGCCUCGGGUAUGGAGGCUCUCCUCACCCCCUUCGAACGCCACAUCUUGUGUCACCUGCCGCGCGCUGGCGUUUUGGGCAAAAGAGGCCGCGUGCAGCCGCUCAUUCUGCCGCCACACUCGGAGUCCUGUUUAGACCUGCUUCUCCAAACCAGCCCGAACGUGGGAGUAGAUCCGCAGAGCCCUUACGUGUUCUCGCGGCCGUAUCAUUCGCCAGCGACGCCGUUAAGAGGUACUGACCUUUUAAGGAACUUGGCUCGGGCCAGCGGUGCAAAGAACCCUGGGCCGCUGACAGCCGCACGAGCGAGGCGGCAGGUAGCCAUCCUCACUCAGCUGCUGUUACUGGACGAGGGGGAGGGGCAGUCGGCAGCGAUCAAACGCCUGGAGGACUUUCUAGAUCGGCAAUAUCAGGUGAACCAGAACUGUGCCGGUAUUAUCCAGGAUCAUUCACUCAUGGGUCGGGUGGGUCGAGUUGUACUUUAUGGAGAGAAGCAAGGGGUGCUUUUCCGAGGAAUGAGUCUGCAGCAGAUCUGCCUAGAGUUGGAUGUGAUGUCUGGCAACUCUGCAGAAUCUUUUUCCGAAGAGUCUGAGGCUGAGCAGGUGAAGGAGGAGGUGAAGCAGAAGGUGGAGGCCCCUGUGAAGAAAAAAGGCCGAGGACGACCUCCGAGGAAGAAGAAAACACCAGGUGCAGCUCGUCCUGCGGCUCCAGCCACGCCCAAGGAACCCAAGAAGAAAGCCACGCCACAGAAAUCAGGAAAGCGAGGUGUAUUGAAGCGUCCGUGGUCGGAGGCGGAGCGUUUGGCAGUAGAGACUCAUUUAAAGCAGAACCUCCUUGAGCAUCGAGUUCCUGCUAAAGCAGACUGUGAGCGCUGCCUCCAGCUGUGCCCGAUGCUCGUGGGCAACCACCGAGACUGGAGGGCCAUAAAGUUUUAUGUUCACAACAGAAUCCAGCUCCUCAAGAAGCAGGACAGGAGGCUGAUCGCGGCCGCAGCCACUGUCUCAUAGGGUAAGUGCAGAGCAGAGGUCAGGGGUGGGCAAAACUUCCAGAGAGACACGUUUGAAUAUGGAGAGCCAGAUCUGUACUACUGCGACUACUGCUACUUUUACAUUUUGGUACAAUUAGUUUGGACAAAAUGAUUUUCACUGCAAAUAGUUUACAAAGAAAUUAACUAGGAAUAAAAAGGCCCAGUCUGCAUGUUUGAUUAUAACAGCUGAGUAAACUGUGGGUUUAAACCAUAGACUGUUUAUAUAAAUGGACAUAGCUAACCUGCUAGCCGCCGCGUUACAAACAGGAAGUGAUCUUGGGCGUGCUUCUGGAUCUAUUUCACUUUACAUUAAAAAUGAUCACCCCUCUCUCUCUGUACCUGCUGCUGUCAGACUCAUUUUGGUCUUAAAUGUUCGUAUUAACCCUCUACAUGAUCCUGGGUUUUUUAUUUCAGUAUUUUGUCUGUAAAUCAAGAUAUGAACAUUAAUAACAGACAAAUCAGGUGCCUUCUUUCCCUGAGGUCACUCCCGCUAGCGUUAGCAACAGGUUUGAUUGACAGCGUUUCUAAGCGGGAAAAGGCAUUAUCUUCAUCAGCGUCGCUCUGGAUUGGCUCUUUGGUUGCUAUGAUACUCACGAUCGGAAUUACAAAUAUGAAACUCUGCUCCAAAUUCGCCGCUAUAACUGCUCUAGCCUCGAUGAGCUUCAUUUGACUCGAGCGUAACGUUGUGGGUGACGUCACACUCACUCAGUCCACUUCUUUAUACAGUCUAUGGUUUAAACAGCUAUUGAGUCUUCAAAAAGGCCCAAGUUAGACAAAAUACUGCUAUUUUCAAAGUUUGUCAGUUAGAAAUAUUAACUUGUUCACAAAAAGCCCACCUCUGCUUAGGCACCAGCUUUGACAAACGAACAUUAACCCCACAGUUUGGGUCUGGACGGGGGUUUUGUGUCACAGCGUUGCCUAAAAUUGGGUUCAUCUGUUUUGUUUUUUUGUACUUGAGGUGAUGAUGAGGGAACUCCCCAAACAUUCACUGUUAAACAAGCUGUGAAUGUUUUCAUAUUGUAUGUAAUUUCUACUUUGCAUAAAAGAUUGACGAUGAAAAAACUAGAGUUGGCUUCUGUGGAAAGCUAAUGACCAAACCUGAAUGUGCAUAACUGUGGAGGAACAGUUUUUUUCAAUGAAUAAACCUUUUGUUAUCGGGACUGAUGUAGACUGUGUUUGUAGAGUUUGUUUCAUAUCGAGCAGAGUGUAAAAAAAAAACGUAUUCUUGGACUCAGCAGUGCAGUGGUUCUUGCAUACCUCGAGUCUAAACCUUUCAUAAAUAUGUAAGUAUUAAUUAAGGCACGUCUACUUGAAUUCAUUGUACAGGGCAUCAAUUAAGUCGCUUUACAAUUUUAAAAUUCAAUCACAAAGGCACUUGGUAAAAUACAUUAAUUCGAUUUGUUCUGUUGUACUCGGUUUUUAUCACAUUAUAUUUUUAAGUUCAGACAUUCUGUUGAUUAAAGAGGCAUCUUUUUGAAUGAAUGUGGCACAACUGCAGCACCAUCAUUGUCCAGCAGAUGGCGCCACCACACUGGGCUCUGCAUGUUUGUGAGUUUCUCAAACAUUUCCAGCCCGAUGGAUGGACCAGUUCUGUUUGCACCACAUUCACCAGAUCUCACACCUCUGGAUUUCUUUCUACGUGGCUGUGUUAAAUAUAUCGUGCAUCGAACAAACAUACGAGACAUCACUGAACUAAAGCAAAAGAUACAGAUGAGACUGAACCAUCGAUGAGGCUCUGCUGCAGAAAUCCAGUCCCGUCUUGAUGUGCUUCAUGUGACUAAUGGAGCUCAUAUAGAGGUGAAUUAAAUUAAGUCACUUUGGAAAGCACAAGUACAACAGAACAAGUCUGGUUAAGGUCUGAUCAACUGCCUUUGAAAUACAUUUUUAAAGUGUAAAGAGACUUCCUGGACACUCUGUAUAUCAUUUCUUUAUUUGUUGCAACAUAUGUUCACAUUCACAGUGUAAAUACAUGAAAACUUGUUAUAAAGUCAGUAUUGUGUAAUGGUGUAUAUAAUGUAAAUGCUACCUGUACUUAUUAAAAUGUAUGACAUUAUUU